CGAGUUUGCUGUAUCGUCAUCAUGUGGGCGCAAAGAUUGGGCCGUGCCCUUGUCACACGCUCCUCCUGCCGUUGGAUUAGUGCCAGGAUAGUGGACAAUUCCAGCAUUGAGGUGCAGCCAGAGAAGGACUCACGACCUUUGACCUUUCCGGGAGUGUGGUUAAGAGACAAUUGCUUGUGUUCAGACUGUUUCCAUGACACCUCCCGUUCACGCAAGUUGGAUUGGGAUAAGUUUGAUACCAAAGUUCGACCGGUGAGUCUGCGCACCGAGGAUCAAAAGCAGCAGAAGGAACUUGUGGUUCAAUGGAGUGACUCACAUGAGAGCAGGUUCUCCCUCCAGUGGCUGCAAGAGCGCAGCUUUGAGGAGAAACGUCAGAAGAGUUACCUGGAGGAUUUCUAUCGUCCAACCACCAAACACUGGGCUGGAGCAGAGUUCCCUUCGAUUGCUCGACACUUUAGCUACGAGGAGGUAAUGCAAAAGGACUCGAUGCUCUUGGAGUGGCUCCAAACCCUGGCCGUCCAUGGUGUGGCUUUGCUCCGUGGUGCUCCCCUGGACGAGGGUGUGGUGCGUCGCCUAGCAGAACGUGUGGGUUUCAUUCGACGCACCACCUACGGUGAGGAGUUUGUGGUUCAGGCCAAACCUGGUGCCCAGAAUUUUGCUUACCUCUCAUUGCCGCUGCCCCUGCACACGGAUUUGCCCUACUAUGAGUACAAGCCCAGCGUUAAUAUUUUGCAUUGUGUUGUCCAGACGGAGUCAGCCGGUGGGAGUAACCUGCUAGUGGAUGCCUUUCACAUAGCAGACAUCCUGCGUCGUGAUUAUCCUGAGGAUUUUGAGAGACUUAGUAGGGUCCUGGUAGACUGGAAUGACAUUGGCAGCGAAGAUGGACGAGAGUUUCAUAACAUUUGGCGAGCGCCGGUGAUAUGCUUGGAUGCCCAGGGUCGUUACACUCGGGUGAAUCACAGUGUGCCCCAGCGGGAUAGUCACUUCAAUGUGCCCCUAUCUGAGGUCCUUCCCUGGUACGAGUCCUAUGCCCGAUUUGUCCGCUUGGCCCGCAAGGAUGCUCAUGCCUUUAAGACCCAACCCGGGGAUGUGCUGACCUUCAACAAUAUAAGGCUGCUCCAUGGUCGUACAGGGUAUGAUGACUCCGAACGCAACUCGAGGUACAUUGUGGGAGCCUAUCUUGACUGGGACAUCAUCUACUCGCGCCUCAGGGUCCUUAAGAAGGGCAGGGAUGCGAGGCAGUAAAAGUCGCGACAUCCUCUGCCAUAUUUUCCAAGCCAUUUGACGAGAGCUGCUCAUUUGAAUAGUGGCCUGAAUCGGCAGGAUUUCCGGAUUUGAACCGUCACAUAUGCUUCUUCUGCUCCUUUUGCUCCUUCUAAGCCAGCUCCUGGCGGCAGUUAAGGCAGCUCGAGCGCAAAAAUGAAAAGUUGUAAAAAAUCAUGAUGAUCCUGGCGAACGUCACCAAGUUUUUGGGGGACUGUCGCGGCUUAUUUGCAUCGCGGCAUUGCCUGACAAAUCGCUUGUGAAAAUGAUUGACAGCGGGUGGGGGUGUAAAGGGAGGACGCUAUAUACUAUAUAUAUACAAUAUUUCGUGUACAAAUUGGCCCAGGCAUAAAAGUCCUGGCUGGUGCCACUCAAGUCCCUGCCAAAGCCAAAAUAAAAAUGUUCUUUCGAGUUUGCCUUCAGGCAGUACAGGCUAAGGAAAUUUGGGGUUUAUUUUUAUAUAGAAAUCUUAAAACUAUAGAAUUUAGAAAUGAUUAUUUGUGUUAUCCAAUCCAAUUCAAUUCUUUAUAGUUUUUAAAAUAUAUUUACUUGACUUUUUCCU